CCAAAACACUCCAAAACACUCCAAAACACAACCGACCAGAGCCAACCAGCAAGGGAAACAACGGCUACACAGAGAUCACAGAUGCCACCUUCACGUAGAGCACACCAGCAUCUCAACAGCCCGUACUCAAGGGCUCCAGGCACUCCCAAUGGCCAAGGCUAUGAACCAAGCGUAAGUUCACCAUGUCUCGAUGUUGUGUUGAUGAGUAAGUCGUAUACUAACAGGGCGUGUGUGUGCACACGUGUUAUAGACGCCAGGGAGUAUAUUCAGCAAGAUGAGACAGAUGUUCUCGCCACGUGCGUGGCUUGGUGAGGCUUCAUCCGCGGAAGUGACGUUACAGUCCGCUGGUGGAGACGAUGACGAUGGUGAUGGUGAUGAGGGUUCCACCAAUACUCCUCUGAGAUCCAUGGCCUCGGCACGCUCAGCGGCCAAUGCCGGUGCCAAUGGCAAUGUCAAUGCCCGACUGGCGAGCUUCUUUGCGCAGAAGGGCUCACAGCCCUUGAAUGAGAUUGAAAUGGAAGGAGUGCGUGCCCUAUUGGCGCAGUCUGCUUCGAAUUCGAAUCUGGGUACGCCAGGGAAAGCAACGGCGUUGAACGACGAUGGAUUAGCUCGUAACGGUGAUGAUGCCGAUAGCGAUGGCGAAGGACACUCACAAGUAUUGAAACAUUCCGUGGCGUCCACGUCUGGGCUGGAGACUCCGUCUUUCAAGCCAACGUAUAACACUGGGGUGGGUGCGAAUGACUCUUCAUUUGUAUCGUCUGCUACUCCGAAGAGAAGAGUGUUUGACUACUCUGGCUUCCCUUCUCCUUACAGAACAACAAGGCUGAAGAGCUCUACAGCUCUGCUGAAAGAAAAGGCCAUCAAGAGUAACCAAAUUGCAUCAAAGGCGGAGCCUGUUUCGAAGCCGGAGAAGAAGCUGAGCAAUACAGCAUCGGCUCUGCUUUCGUUCAUAGAGGGCAAUGAGCCAGCCCAAACAGAGGAGAAGGGUGAAAAGGUGGAGAAAGAGGUUGAUUUCAGCAAUCCCUACGUACGCACGACGACAAAGAAGCACAUUAUUAAGAAGAAGCUGUCACCAUUGGAGCAAUUGGAGGAGUCGUUUGCACAGGCUGAUGGGAAGGGCAAAGCUGAAGAAGCGUUGAAGGAGCCAGCAGAGCCAGCAGAGCCAGCAGAGCCAGCAGAGAAGCCAGCAGAGGCAACAGAAAAGCCAGCACCGAAGCCAGCACCGCAGCCACAGCAGACCUUCCCGUCAGUGGCCCCUGUGGACAAGUACAAGCCGGCCAAGUCCUCUUCUCUUCGAGAGUCCAUCUCCGUCGACGACUCCGACAAGUCCAUCGCCGACUCCCCAGAACAACCACAGCCAAAGCCCGACAAUACCCUUCCUCACAAGGAACACAAGCCACUAUUCGCCUUUGCACAGACACCGCAACAGCCUACAGCCACAGCAGACAAACUACACCAACCAACUACACAGAUAAUGCCCCCAUCAAAGCUCAACGGUCACGUGAGCCAUGUGCUAUUCGAGUUCCCCAACGCUCAGGACCUGGACUACACGAUCAAAGACGUGGACGAUAACAGCGUCGAAGCCUUUAAAGACCUCUUCACCUUUUAACAGCAGAACAUACCUGAGAACGUGGAGAUAUCUUCAUCUUAU